AUGGCACCUUUAAGGAUUCCGUCGAAUGAUUUCUUGAGUGAGGAUGCUACGUAUAAUUUCUCGACACACGCUAGUCAGGAGCCGCGGCAUCACUGGCGUCACCACAACCACUCGCACAUGAGGGAGAGUCACAAGCACAACAUGGUGGACAUUCUGUCCAACUCCAUCAUGGAGGCGAUGAACAGUAAAUUUGUUCCUGACAACAGCGUGCUACCGGACCUGGAGCCGCUGUCGACGCACAUGGAGGGUGCCAUGGACCGGCACCAUCCUCUGCGGAUGAAUAUGACGCUGAACCGGUCCGACCUGGAGAUGAUAUCCGACGAGGUGAUGUACCGGCACGGGGGCGCGAUGACGGCAGUGUACUGCGCCGCGUAUUUACUUGUGUUUCUCGUGGGACUUAUCGGGAACUGUUUCGUGAUAGCCGUGGUGUAUCGCUCGCCGCGGAUGAGAACUGUUACCAACUUCUUUAUCGUGAACCUGGCAGUCGCUGACAUCCUCGUCAUCGUGUUCUGUUUACCAGCCACUCUGAUGUCCAACAUAUUUGUCCCACAUGACUAUAUGGGUGUAUUUAGGAAAAGAGGCAAAGACCUUGGAAAGAUCGAUGGAUUUUAA